AUGACGCUGUGGCCACUUGUCUACAGCUUGGUGCUGCUGGGCCUUCUUUGGUCAGCGGGGAAGGCAGCGUAUCGACUACUCUUUCACCCUCUACGCCACGUCCCCGGCCCGUUCCUCGCGCGAAUCUCCGUGAAAUGGCUCAUCUACCAUGACCUGGCAGGCUCACGGGCUGUGUCGUUAUACGCUGCCCACGAAAAAUACGGUAACAUCAUCCGCAUUGCACCCGACGAGCUCUCCUUCUCGGAUCAUACGGUGAUCAAAGAGAUCUAUUCGCAGGGGACUACCCUCUUGAAGUCUCCCUUCUACAGCGGCCUGAACGAGGGCCUGCCGAAUCUCUUUGACGGCAUCGACCGCGAAGCUCACAAGGAGACGCGCAAGCUGUUGGGCCAUGCCUUUGCGAGAAGUAGCAUCAUAGAAGCCGAGCCGCUGGUGGCGGAGCAGAUUGAUAAAUUUCUAGAUUGGAUCAAGCAGAAAGAAGCCACGCUCAUGAACGUGUAUGCGUGGUUCCUGAUGUUGUCGUUGGACAUCGUAUCGUCACUACUAAUGGGACAGCCGGUCGGCGCUCUAGACUCUGACACAGAACACCCGUAUCUCUCUAAUCUCGACAACCAUCUGAUCAUGAGCGGAGUCCGAUGGCAAUUGCCCUACCUCUUGCCGUUGACAUCGUGGAUCCCCAUCCCGAGCUGGCAAUUUUUCCUGACGUCGCAAAGGCGAUUAUAUGAAUAUGGCAGACGCGCCUUUGACGUCUACAUCUCAAACCACUCACGGACGAAGAGAUCUUCCGAGAUCGGCAGCCAGAUGAUCGGUGGCACAGACACGACAAGCACCACCCUUACCUACACGGCAUGGGAACUGGCCAAGCAACCUGCCUUGCAGGAGGUGAUGCGGAAUGAACUGCGAACUGCGCGAUUGCACGCUGACUCGGAAGUGUUAAGGGAUUCUGAUUUGGAAGAGUUACCAUUACUUAACGUGGUGGUGAUGGAAGGGUUGAGGCUGCACCCAGCUGCACCCUCGAGCUUGCCCCGGGUAGUGCCCAAGGGCGGCGUGAGACUCUCAGGUAUCCGGGUCCCCGAAGGUACAACGGUCUCAAUGAUGAAUUUCUCCACCCAUCACAACCGCGAGGCAUUCCCAGAACCGUUUUCGUUCAAUCCUGACCGCUGGCUCAAGACCAAUGGAGGCACGCCGGAAAUGAAGGAACCUACAUGCCAUUCUCCAAGGGGUCUCGGAUGUGCAUUGGUAUUCACCUCGCGAUGA